UAUUCACAAAGCUUCUUAGAAUUUUCUUAGAAAUUGACUUAAGUUUUCUAAAAAAUUCUUAGCUAAGAAAAAAUCUUAAGUAUCAAUUCACAAACAGUCUAAGCAUGAUUCUUAGCAAAGUAUUAGUAUAAUAUCUAAGAGUUUUCUUAGUCUACCCCGUUGCAUCUUGGGAUGUAAAGUUUUGACUAAGAAUAUUCUUAACACCUUUCGAGUGACGUUUUGGACAUUCCCUUAUCUAUAAAUAGCAACAAAACACGACUCUUCAGUGUUGAAAACGCGAAAGUAAAAAGUUUUGGCAGUCGACCUAUUUUCGAUCGGCGGGAAUAUCGACGGCAGCCAGCGAACAUGACUGACAAAAAGCGAAAACCCAACUGGUCUGAGGACCAAAACCUGCUCCUGACGAAACUUGUUGACGAAAACAAAGCGGUUUUAUUAGGAAAGUUCGGGGCAGGCGUGACAGCUCAAAAGAAAAAGGAAAAGUGGGUGGAGUUGACCCACACGAUCAACGCAGCCUUUCCAGGAUGCAUCAGAGCCCCCGAGGAGGUGGAAAAGAAAUGGCAUAACAUCCAAAGUAAAGCCAGGGGAGAAAUUGCAAGGUACAAGCAAGGUGUUAUCAGCACAGGUGGUGGUCCAUCACCAUGCCCUACUUUGAGUGCCACAUCCGAGGUAGUGUGGGAUAUUCUGGGGCAGGAUAAUGUAUCCAUAUCUGGAAUCCCAUCAGCCAUGGACACAUCCCUCCUACAGGUGGUCAGCCUUUCUGACACAGUUAAUGCAAGUGAAUACAGUGACAUGGCAGCACUUGACUUGCAGACACUCCAGGCCAUGGGAGGAGCUGUCCCUACUGCAUCAACAGUGUCUGUGCCUUUACAGCCGGAACCAUCAGUGCCAGACACCGCCUCCUCAGCACAGGGAUCCAUGAAGAGACCAGCAGGAUGGAGCACAGUCCAGGAGCCAAAGUCCUCGCGACAAACUUUCCUGUUGGGGGAAAGCUAUGAUGAGCUACUCUACAAGAAACUUAAACUUGAAACUGAUUGUUUAAGUCUUAAGAAGAAAAUUAUGGAAAUUCAACUUCAAAAACUGCAGAAUGAAUAAAAUUUAUAUCUAUACCAUGUAUGCAUAUCACUUUUUAAGGCCAGAGAGUUUACCAUGUUUUCAAAAUGUAAUGUAUUCUUUGAAGAGAAAGAUUUGAAACCUAUUUUGACAGAACCAUGCUCCUUUUCAGUUUAAAUUUAUCUUCAAUAAUAUAAUAUUGGUUAAUGUGUGAGGUUACAGUGUGUGAAAUGUCAUUUCUAUCAAUAGAUACAUUGAUAACAUGUCAUAAUUUGAAUGUGUUUUGAUUCAACCAUAUUCUCAUGUUUUACUUCUGCUUACAGCAACAUUGCAUUUCAGGGUUCAAAAUCUUCGUAUUUGGGUGCCAAUGAUAUGGAUAAAAUCAAUAAAAUGUAAGACCUUAGCUGACUAAGCUUGUAACACACUUUUUCCAGUUAAGUAUUUCAUUGAACAGUAUUGUGUAUCUGUGUUGAAUGCCUUUCAUAUUUUUAUAAGAAUAUUGUUCCCACAACAAGGAGGCAAACAGUUCAGGAUAAUGUCAAAAUGAUCCACAAAAGAUUUUGUUAAUCUAUUUUAGGAAUAGGGUACUAGUCAUCAUAUUGUGUUACUUAUCGCGAAACUGGAAGAUGUCCAUUAUGGGGUGCCUGUCACUAAUUGUAGAAAGUACUUGCUCCGUCUGUUGAGACUAUCACAUGACAGGUAUGUUUAUCAGUGCUAAACAGUAUUGUUAUCUAUGGCCAGUGGCCAGUGAGGAUGAAUAUCUUAUUCUGUGUCACUGCAUUUGAUAUGACAAACAGGGCCAGUUACUCCAAGAAAUUGUGAUAUGUAUUACAACAUGUAUUUGCUAAAUUUCUGAAAUAUGUAUAAGAAAUGCAGGAAGAAUUUAAACGUGUUUAACUUUCAACAAUGAUUAUGUAUUGAAGACUUUAUGUACUAUCGUUCUUUUGAAUUUACUACAAUAAAAUCUGUCUGUCAUAAGAUGUUUCUUACAAGAAGAUAAAUGUAUUUUCAUAUACCAGGUAAGUAAACUGGGAAAAUGCAUUGCAAUUGAACCCUUGAGCAUUUUUUAAAGAAUCCUUGAGAUUCACAAAUUAUAUAUAAUAUUUAACAAUUAUAGUAACAAUAUUAAAUUCAUUAACCAGUUGUAAUAAAUUGUUUGUGAAUUAUUUUUGAAAAAGGUAAACCUUAUCAACUGAUUCUUUUUCUGUACUCUUAUUUGUUAAAAUAAACUGUUUUUUUACUGAAAUUUUUUGUUGUUGAAUAUAAUUCAUUAAAUAGUGGUUUUACUCAAUUAAAAGAAGAAUUAUCACUCACA